AUGAGAUGGAGAAGUUUGAUGCUUUUUCUUUUCUUUUUAUUUCUUUCGUUGAUCUUUCUUUCUUUCUUUCUUUCUUUCUUUCUUUCUUUCUUUCUUUCUUUCUUUCUUUCUUUCUUUUUUUCUUUCUUGUUUGUCGCCUUCUCUUUUAGUAACUUAAGUUUCUCCCAUUGUAAGUUCUUUCUUUCUUUCUUUCUUUCUUUCUUUCUUUCUUUCUGUUGCAUUUUUCAAGUUGUUUUUGUCGUGCAUUCUCAUAACUUUCCUUUUUUCCGUUUUUUUUUUCAUCUUGAAUUUCUUCAUUUCCUUCAUCUUUAUUUUCUUCUGUUCUUUUCUCUUCGCUUUCUUUUUCUUCUUUCUUUUCACUUCCUUAUUUCUGGUUCACUAUCUUCUUUUCCUUCCUCUUCACUUUCUUAUUUUAUUUCGUUUUCGAUUUCUUCAUUUCCUCUUUAUUUUAUUUUCUCUUACGUUUUCAAUUUAAUCUUUUUCUUCCUUUUCCCUUUCUUAUUUUCCUUCCUCUUCAAUUUCUCUCUUUUUCUUUUUCUCUUCCUCUUCACUUUCUUAUUUAUUUCCUUCGACUCCUCUCUCAUCCUUUUCUCUCUCGACGCUUUCUAUCUUUCCUUCUUUUUUUUCUUCUAUUUCUCGAUUCUUUUUCUUUCUACGUCUUCUAAUGUACUUUGUUUAAUUCUUCUUCUUCUUCUUCUUCUUCAAAUCCUCCUCCUUCUUCUUCUCCUCCUCCUCUUUUUCUCCUCCUCCUUCUUCUUCUUCUUCACAUCGUCUUUCUUCUUCUCCUCCUCCUCUUUCUUCACCUCCUCUUUCUUCUCCUCCUCCUCCUUCUUCUUCUUCUCCUCCUCCUCUUUAUUCUCCUCCUUCUUCACAUCCUCCUCUUUAUUCUCCUCCUUCUUCACAUCCUCCUCCUCCUUCUUCCUCUUCUUCUUCUACUCCUCCCCUCCUCUUUAUUCUCCUCCUCCUUCUUCUACUUCAAAUCCUCCUUUUUCUUCUCCUCCUCCUCCUCCUCUUUAUUCUCCUCCUGCUUCUUCUUCUUCACAUCGUCUUCUUCUCCUCCUCUUUCUUCUCCUCCUCUUUCUUCUCCUCCUCCUCCUUCUUCUUCUUCUUUUCUCCUCCUCCUCUUUAUUCUCCUCCUUCUUCACAUCCUCCUCCUUCUUCUUCUUCUUCUUCCUCUUCUUCUUCUACUACUACUCCUCCUUCUUCUUCUUCUUCACAUCCUCCUCCUUCUUCUUCCUCUUCUUCUUCUUCUUCUUCUCCUCCUCCUCUUUAUUCUCCUCCUCCUACUUCUUCUUUUUCUCCUACUCCUCCUUCUUCUUCUUCUUCACAUCCUCCUUCUUCUUCUUCUCCCCUCCUCUUUAUUCGCCUCCUCCUAGUUCUUCUUCUUCUUCUCUUUAUUCUCCUCCUACUUCUUCUUCUUCACAUUCUUCUUCUUCUUCUCUUUAUUCUACUCCUCCUCCUUCUUCUUCUACUUUUCCUGCUCCUCCUCCUCUUUAUUCUUCUUCUUCUUCUUCUUCUUUCUUCUUCUUCUCCUCUUCCUCCUUCUUCUUCAUGUAA